AUCUUCACGACCUGUCAAUCACUCAUUCUGCGCACUUCAUCUGUCAAUCAUUCUACGCAUUGACUCUGGGCGUGACCUACACUCCCACUGACGUCAUUUCUCGAACUUUAUACUUGACGUCAUUUUAUCAGUCUCUGUGAGAGUUGUCUCUCUUUGUGAACCUCUCGUGACAAGGAGAUCAGGUACAGUCCCGACUGCCUUACUUUAAAAAUAACCGAACAUCACGUGUUGAGUUUCCCGAGAAAGCGUAGGUGCACGUUAACUUUACUGCACGACGAUCACACAAAGUCGGGGAUAAACGUUGUUGUCAAGGAGACGUUUGUGGAACGCUGACGAUUUGGAGGAAAAGCAUCAGCCACAAUAAUGGAGGAGAUUUAUGAGGGAGUGUAUCCAUGGACGAUGAGGGUUGAUUAGUGCUAAAGUGAAGGACGAGAAGAUGAUUGGGCCACGUAGUUCUCAGCACAGACGUUAACACGACGAUAUCCCCACUGAAUUCAGACAUGGCUUCUGGAAAAAGGACGGACUGGCGUGGAGAAGGCACUCCGAAUGUUCACAUACCAAAUGAGUGUUCUGAAGAAGGAACCGGAGAUGACGACACCUGGACACCUGUCACGUGUGGAAAGGUUAAAUGACGAACUUCCUCUUCUAGGGAGCAACUGGAUAGCAGGACAGUCCAGUACAUUCGUGCCCACGUGCAGCCUCCCGAAGUUCAACUGGAUGAGUUGAGAAGUGUGAUGGCAAGGGCGAGGAAAUGUGUCCGAAAUUCCACGCUCGCCCUCAGCAAGUCCGAGCAAAGCAUGCAAGGAACCCUGGUCAAACUAAGGCACCUUAGUGGUCGUCCGAGAGGCUGGUUUCUAACUUUGUGCAGACGUCAAGUCAUCCUCUAUCUGACGCCAACGUUUCCUGUGGACGAUGAGUGCGAAGAAGUGCGCAGAGCAGCCGGAAGGACCCUUGCCAUCCAGCUCGAUGUGCAGGAAACCAGAGUGGCGGUGUCCGUGAUCAUAAAAGAACUUGUUCUUCAAACUCAUGCAGGUAUCGAUAUCUGCUCUGUUCAGCUGUCACACGCUUUCACCAGCAGAACACCGAGAAAAAAGGCUCUGCUAAAAAAUUCCCUGCUCGUGGAUGACAAGGGAUUUUGUCAUGCUUCUAGCCAAGAAAAAAUCCAGAAAAGGAGAGCUUCGAACAAGGAGAUCGACUCCAGGAGUUCAUUAGAAAACAAAACACUGAGGCCGAGGGACGCAGGGCAAGUCGGGACUAUUCUUUCUCAAAGAACCCCGUCAAGGACCCCACUUCCGGUUGAGGACGGCCGUCAUCUUCCUGUGUCGUCAGCAGCAAGUGAUCGAGCAGACGACCACACUGUGGAAGAGCCAACAGGCACCACCCUGCAUGUUGCUCGGAUCUCUAGCUCAGCCAGUGUCGCAGAGUUCAGCAGCUCGCGGGUCUGUGUCCGAGGGACGCACGUGGAGGAGGACGCCUCGGGAACACACCUCUCGUUCGUCUUAUUUCUGUUCCUAGAACGAGACGAAGGCGGACCGCAACCCAUCAUCCUCUCAGGAAGCUACCUGCGCACAAUGGUGACGCAACCUAAACAUCUGCGAUGGCGAGUUCGACAACAGCUGCAAUCGAGCGAGAGCGAGAUGGAACUAUUGAGAUGUUAAAUUUGAUGAUUUUGCAUUUAUGUCUUUUCUCCACGAGCACUCGCAAGAGGCGUGUCACACUGAAAAUAAGCAGAAACAACCAACAUCCAAUUACAAGUCAUCCAUUCAAAGUACGUCGGUGGUGUAAGGGUCAGCAUGACUGCAUUUUCAAGCAGUCGACCCGGGUUCGACUGCAGGCCAACGCAGAUUUUGGGGAUGCGGAAAGCCGAGUGGUUAGAGCACUGGUGUUCGAACUAAGAGCGCGCCUGUUCAAUACCCAAUCAGAGCAGCAAACUUCCACCAUCUGACUCCAUAGAGGGUUGGGGAAGGUAAGGCAGCGAGGGAGAGGAGAUGGGCACCGAGAUGAAUCCCGUUUCUAUGCGAUUACAUCAUAUAAAGACUCUACGAGAAGAGCCAAACCUCACGUCAUACAGGAUUAUAAAGUUCAUAGGUCAUUUAAGUUUCCAUGACUUUACGUCAGUCAAAAGACAGCAUAAACUAAUCUUGGUAUAAAAAUCUGGUACAUGAUCAGAGAUAAAGGUUUCGCCCACUUCGUAAAAUUUCCAAGUCAGUAAGUAAGGACGAGGUCAAAAAUCCUACGCUAGCAAAAAUGUAAUAAAAUUUUUAAAAAAAACUGACAAAAAUGAGAACGGCUAAAGCUUGAUAAAUUAUCAGAACAAAAACUUUUAAAUUAAAAAUCAGGAAUAUUUUUUUCUAUCCUAGCUUACAACACUAAAGCUCGAAAAGUAAGUACGCUAACUUAAAACGCAAUAAUAUAGGUAUUUGUAUGCGAACUUACGCACUAAGUUGCGAACUAAGGCAUAAAUAGUAUGUUAGCUUACAAUGCUAAAGAAGGAGUAGCUAACUUACGAAUGUUAAGGCAGAACUAUUUUUUUUGUGUGUGUUAACUUACAGUGCUAAGGUAAGAGGGUGAAAGAAUAAACUAAAUAAAGAAUCUUGAAAAAAGGAUAAUAAAUACAACGCUAACUUUAAGGCAUGAAUAGCUAGAAAUUAUAGAUGUUUUGUAAGCUAACUUACAACGUUCAGGCAGGGAGAGUGUUAUGAAUACUAACGUACAAUGCUAAGUUUGUCGAGAUGCAAAGAGAGCACCACUUUCAUCAACCAACAUUGCCACCCCAUCGCGCGUGCGCACACAGAGUACGUUGAUAGCUGUACUAAAGACACCAACGACAUAACAACCUCGGGCGUGUCUCCUCUGCGUUAGGAAGCACCGGCCGAGUCCAAGAAGGAAAUUGGAGAGAGUCAAGAGUCAAUGACCAGCAAACACCGAGAACAUUCUCACGUGGCGUUCUCAGCUUGCCUCUUAAAUUGCCCCUGUCCUCCUUGCAACCAGCGGCCAAGAUGAACGUGACAGACCAGCACGCUGUUAUCGUGACAGAUUGAACGUGCCGCGGCCGAAGAGGUUGCACGCAACAAUCAACUCCAGCACAGCUACAUAAAAAGUUACCGAAAAAAAAAAAAAAAGUAGGGCGACAAAAGGAAACGGAAAAAGAAACCGCAAUGCUCUCCGCUGGUCUCCCGCAGGAAGACAUAAAUUUAAGGGAAACCAAGCAAAGGCGAGGAGGCUAUAUUGCAGGCUUGUGAAAACUGCGUAAUCGAUAUCACACACUGCGGAUCUAAUCAACAGAAGAACACCGUUCACAAUGCAGGACAGCAGCCACCACCACCUACUCCCCUUUCCCCACGUCCCCUGACUAGUACUCGUAGCCAUGAUUUAAAAAAA